UCAAUUUGACAAGUAGGACAAUGAAUAAACGAAUAAAAGAGAUAUUUUUUUUCUAUUCCAUUGGAACUUUGAAAUUAAAUAUAUCGAAAUACUGUACAAAACCCUACGACUCUACUAGAAAUAACAUCAUUCUUACGAAAAACAGUACAGUUGUGGUGCAAGGCAUAACUGGAAAGCAUGGCACGUUUCAUACUGAACAAGCUAUAAGUUAUGGAACUAAAAUAAUUGGUGGGGUAACACCCAAAAAGGGUGGGCAAAUGCAUCUUGGGGUACCAGUAUUCAACAACCUUAAAGAAGCCAAACAAGCUUUGAAGGAAAUAGAUUGCACUGUUAUUUUUGUACCACCUCCAACUGCUGCAAAGGCAAUUUUGGAAGCGAUGGAACAAGAAAUACCACUGAUUACAUGUAUCACUGAAGGUAUUCCUCAGCAAGAUAUGGUCCGUGUGAAACACAAACUUAUCAGGCAGAGUAAAUCCAGAUUGAUUGGACCUAAUUGUCCAGGCAUAAUUGCUCCAGGAGCAUGCAAAAUUGGAAUUAUGCCAGGAUUCAUUCAUAGGACGGGAAUAGUUGGAAUUGUUUCCAGAUCUGGAACUCUUACCUAUGAAGCAGUGAAUCAGACGACUAAAGAAGGAUUAGGACAAUCUUUGGUAGUUGGGAUUGGCGGAGAUCCAUUCAAUGGUACAAGUUUCAUAGACUGUAUCGAAGUCUUCCUUCAAGACAAGAAAACAAAAGCAGUAAUAUUGAUCGGAGAAAUAGGUGGUGAGGACGAAGAAAAAACAGCACAAUAUUUAUCUGAAAAGAAUAUCGGAGUGAAUUUCAAGCCGGUAGUUGCUUUUAUCGCUGGGAAAUCUGCACCACCAGGUCGUAGAAUGGGUCAUGCAGGUGCUAUAAUUUCUGGGGGAAAAGGAAAAGCAUCCUCAAAAAUUGAAGCUCUGAAAAAAGCUAAUGUGGUUAUGUCUGAUUCACCCGCCACAAUGGGAAGAGUUUUGAAAGAGGAAAUGUUACGUUUAAAACUAAUAAAAUGAUAUAAAAUAUUUAGCCUUCUUCGACAAAUGACCUUGAAAUACUUGCGAUCCCCUUCUUAAGUCGCUGUCUUCCAGUUAAUGUUGGCAAUGACAUCUGAACUCAGUGUCCGUUUUGUGCUUUCCUCGUGAGUGACUACACUACCUGAUAUUCCUGAAUCACGUCUUUUAUCGUCUAGCAGGGCCCCAUUAGCCUUCCAUCUUUCCUUGCA